AUGCCUUGCCAGCUUGCCAUUACCUCUAUUUCUCUCGGCCGCAGCACUGCCGGCCACGACUUUACGCACAAGAUGAACAUGGCCAAAAAGUACGGAUACAAAGGAAUCGAGCUGUUCCAUGAUGACAUUGUUUCUGUUGCACGACUGAUGCCCGGCGGCCAUACCCAGAGGAACGAGCUUGAAGCGGCGCGCACCAUUCAUCUCAUAUGCUGGCAGAGAGGCAUCAAAAUCAUAUGUCUGCAGCCCUUCUGGCACUACGAAGGGCUCCUGGACCGCUCGAAGCACCUCGAGAACAUUGAAAAACUCCUCUUUUGGUUUGAGCUGGCCCGCGUGCUCGGAACAGACAUGAUCCAGAUCCCGUCCAACUUCCUCCCGCAAAGCCAACUCUCCAGCGAUCCGCAGCUUGCCAUCCACGACCUGCAACAAGCAGCAGAUCUUGGCGCCGCGCAGGACCCGCCUGUGCGUUUCGUCUACGAGGCGCUCGCGUGGGGGACGCUCUGCGACACGUGGGAGCUCAGCUGGGAGGUGGUCCAGGCGGUCGACCGGCCCAACUUUGGGCUGUGCCUCGACACAUUCCACAUUGCGGCGCGCGUCUGGGCCGAUCCUGCGCAUGCCAGCGGGCGCAACGCCAACGCCGACGCGCUGCUGGAGCAGUCGCUCGCGCGCAUGGCGCAGACGGUCGGCGUCGCCAAGGUGUACUGCGUGCGGGUCGUCGACGCCCAGCGGCUGGUGGCGCCGCUCGUCGCCGGCCACACGUUCCACGACGACGCGCAGCCGCCGCGCAUGAGCUGGAGCCGCAACUGCAGGCUGUUCUACGGCGAGACGCACUGGGGCGGCUAUCUGCCGAUACAGAAGAUUGCAAAGGUCAUUUUUGAAGACCUCGGCUACGAGGGCUGGGUCAGCAUGGAGAUCUUUCACCGCAGAAUAGCCGAAGAGGACCCCACGCUCCCCCGUGAGCUCUCUGCGAGAGGUUCGAUUGCUUGGGACCAGCUCCGGCGAGAUGUUGGAGUCAAGGCGGCGCUCCCAGAGCGCGAUUUCGCAUUGGCAGCCAUGUCGGGAAAGCGACGCAUUCGGCAGUUUCUGAGACCCCAUUAA